GCUCGACCAACUCCGCCAACAACCGCUUCUACACCAUCUUCGACCCCUUUCUCCCAGAGUAUAACAAGAGCGCGGCUCUUUCAUAUUCAAAAUGGCAGGCGGCGUGCAGCACAACAAAAUGGCCAUGGACCCGGCUUUCGUCAAGCUCGGGAACAUGCAGACCAACAGACACGUCUACUUCCGCUGGACACCCAGGACAGCCCGCAUUACUUUCAUGUACGCCGUUGUCGUGCCGACCAUCAUGGGAAUUAUCGCAUACAAGACUGAUGGUCUGUGGGACCUCCGAGCCAAGCGCAAGGGCGACCUCCUCGUUGAGCGGUAAAGGAAAUCGGACGGGGGAUUGUACAUAACGAGAUAUGCGGAGCCCAUAGUGGCAAUAGAGGAUUUGUUACCACAGCUUGGUUUCUUCGGUUGCAGCUACGCGGUUUGAAGAGCGUGAUGAUAUGAUGCUCGCCGGAAUUACGAUAAGGGGGUAUGGAUGCGCCAAUCAAGCCCAAUUUUAACCGUCCCGAGACCCAGAACGCCAAUUUGAG